UAGUGAGGCCGAGCCGACCUCCACCAGCUGGUAACCUGGCCUAUCGCGGAAUUAGAUUUUCUAACCACGAUACCGAACCGAUUUUUCUUUUGGUCAAAAGCCGGGUUUUUUUGUUGUCGUUUUAGUCGAAUUUUAAAUUGAAACAAAGGAGAAUUUACGCCAGUUUCGCUUUCACAAGUUGGAACCUAUGGCUACUUUAAUCACAUCCCGCAUUAUUUGUUGUCCAGCUGCUCGUCAGGCUGCACGCAGGUUUUUUUGCAUCCAUUCAUCCAGAAUUUUGGGAAAUGGAAUUCGCAUACACAGAUACAAUUUACCGACAGUAUCCAUCCAAUUGAGAAAUUAUGCUGCCCCGUCGGAAAAAAAGGUAUUCCAGAGGAAUAAACCUCACUGCAACGUAGGCACAAUAGGCCAUGUUGAUCAUGGUAAAACGACACUAACAGCCGCUAUAACCAAAGUCCUAGCAGACAAGAAGCUUGCAAAGGCAAAAGGCUAUGCUGAAAUUGACAAUGCACCAGAAGAAAAAGCCAGAGGUAUCACAAUCAAUGUAGCACACAUUGAGUACCAAACGGAUAGCCGCCAUUACGGUCACACUGAUUGUCCCGGACAUGCUGAUUACAUUAAGAAUAUGAUUACCGGUGCUGCACAAAUGGAUGGAGCUAUACUUGUAGUGGCAGCCACUGAUGGAGCCAUGCCUCAAACAAGAGAACACUUGCUUCUCGCCAAACAAAUUGGAAUAAAUCACAUUGUUGUUUUUAUCAAUAAGGUUGAUGCAGCGGAUAAAGAAAUGGUUGAUUUAGUGGAAAUGGAAAUACGAGAGCUCCUCUCAGAAAUGGGUUUAGAUGGAGACAAUGUUCCAGUAAUUAAAGGAUCUGCUCUUUGUGCUCUUGAAGGGAGAGAACCUGAAAUUGGUGCAAAUGCGGUUUUGGAAUUGUUAGAUGAAGUUGACAAAUACAUUCCUACUCCUAUUAGAGAACUGGAUAAGCCUUUCCUUCUUCCUGUUGAGCACGUAUACUCCAUUCCUGGAAGAGGGACAGUUGUGACGGGGAGGCUCGAGAGAGGUGUCUUGAAGAAAGGCACAGAAGUCGAGUUCCUCGGCUUCAGUAAAUCAUUCAAGUCGACAGUCACAGGAAUCGAGAUGUUCCAUCAAAUCCUGGAGGAGGCUCAAGCCGGUGACCAGCUCGGCGCACUCAUCAGGGGUGUCAAACGUGAUGAAAUUAGGAGGGGUAUGAUCAUGUGUAAACCUGGCGCUAUGACUGCUCAAGACCAUAUUGAAAGUCAGGUUUAUUUAUUGAAUAAAGACGAGGGAGGUAGGAACAAACCUCUAGUGCCAUACACGCAGGUGCAAAUGUUUAGCAGAACUUGGGACUGUGCUGUGCAAGUUACUGUCCCUGAUAAGGAAAUGGUAAUGCCUGGAGAGGAUGCCAAGGUAGUACUUAAACUCAUUCGUCCAAUGGUCUUGGAGAAAGGACAACGGUUCACUCUCAGAAUCGGAUCCACAACAGUUGGAACUGGUGUCGUAACAACCAUCUGCCAACAGCUUACUGAAAAGGAGAGGCUCCUACUUACAGAAGGAAAGAAGGCAAGAGAGAAAGCUCUCGCCCAGGCUGCUACUAAUUAAAUUUUAUUAAAACUGCCCACAAAAUCUUGUACAAAAAUGUAGUUACAUUAGCAGCCCAAGUAUAGUAACAUAGUUUUUUUCUUUUGUCUUGUUCUAUUAUACUUUUUUUAUUUAUAAAAAUUUAAAAAAAUCAGA